UUUUGUGUGAGCAGCCUGGGCCUUCACUGGUCCCGACUGGACAAACCUGAAACCAAUAAUUUUGAUCUCGUUGAUCAAUUAUUAUUGAACUGUAUGGGAUUCAGUUUCAAAUUAACCGUUGUGUCUUACACAGCUAGUAAGUGUUGUUCUCUACAUAGUUCUAUGUUCAGUGGUUUUGUUCUUCUGGAAUACUGUGAUACGCAAACAUCGAUUGAGAAUAUGCGUUACUCAAAGUGCUCGAUAUAAGAUUUUGUUCAAUUAUUAUCUCAGAAUAUUCUAGUUUUAUAAAUAAAUUUGAAGUAACAAUUCAAAAGGAUCCUAACAAGAAACCAAAUAUGGAUGUGAAAGUGAAUGUUGCUGGAUUGGUUUCCAGUCAUUUGGAUCAAAAGCAUAGCACAAAAUGGAUUACUGGUGUAGAGGAGCGAGUCAUCAUGCUACUGCCCUAUCUACUCAUGUUCUUUGCUGUGGGUUUUGUGACUUGGUACAUGAGGAGAAUGCAACGGAUUUCGGCAAUGAUAUCCAAGAUACCAGGCCCUCCGACAUUGCCUCUCAUAGGAAACGCUCAUUCCUUCUUUGGUCUCGACAUGGAAGGUUACAACAAUAUUCAGCUGGAGUUGAUGAAAACGUACGGGUCCACUGUGAGAGUUUGGCUCGGUCCCUUCCUCUGGGUGAAUCUUGCAGAGCCGAAGCACAUUGAGGCCAUCCUCAGUAGUGAAUAUGGAACCAACAAAGAUCCUACUUACAGGUUUUUCAAAGCUCACUCUGAUGGAAUAUUCGUAGCAUCAGGUGACAGAUGGCGUAAACUAAGGAAAAUGGUGAACCCAACCUUCCACCAGAAACUUCUGGAAAACUUCUUGACAACUUUCAACGAGCAGAGUGAUGUACUUGUUCAGCGAUUGGAAGAACAGGUUGGCAAACCCACCUUUGACAUUGGUGAUUAUACGGCAAAAUGCACACUGGAUUUCCUCUGUGGUACUCUAAUGGGUGUCAAAUCCAAGGAACAGAUUGAGAAUCGUUGUGAUUUCGCCAAGAAUGUGGUUGGAUCGGUAACAAUAAUCAAGAAGAGAUUCUACACGCUCCAUUACCAGUCGGACUGGAUUUUCCGUUUCACCAACUGGUCAAAGCAACUGAAUGCCUUCGUCAAACCACUGCAUGACUUUGCCAAGCAGGUAAUUCUUGAGAGGAUCAGUAUCAAACAGGCUGAGGAUCCAAAGGAUGGACUGAUUGAUGACCUGGAUAAAAAGAGAUCCAUCUAUUUGGACACCAUUCUCGAGCAGUUCAAGCACAUGUCCAUCGAUGAACUUACAUACCUUACAACAGAUACAUUCAUUGCGGGUGCUGACACAACACGUGUAGCGACUGCCUAUGCUUUCGCCCUACUAGGAGCUUACCCCGAAAUCCAGGAGAAAGUGUACCAAGAAAUUGUUGACGUGGUGGGGGAUGGAGAGUUCACAAUCCACAAGCUGGCCACCCUCCCCUACUUGGAAAUGGUGCUCAAAGAGGUCCUCAGACUGUUCUCUGUCCCUGUCAUUGUGAGGCAGUUGGAAAGGGACCACGAUAUUGGUGAUCUUGUUCUGCCAUCCGGCACAUCGAUCCAAAUCUGCUUCUACGCCGUGCAUCGUGAUACAAGGUUCUGGAAAAAGCCCGAGGAGUUUUACCCUGAUCACUUCCUGCCUGAAGAAGUUGCCAAGAGACCGAAGUACAGCUACCUACCGUUCGGAUACGGACCCAGAAAUUGUCCAGGACAUGCCUACGCUAUGCUUUCGAUGAAAACAAUGGUUGGAAGUGUCAUAAGAAAAUACAAGAUCACAUCUGACCUCAAUCUAGAAAAUGCAGAGUACAAUAAUAUUUUCAUGCUGGAACUAACUCAUGGAUAUCCAGUUCAACUGACAAAACGAUAGGAUACAUUUCAAACAUUCUACAAGUUCUCUAAAUUCUUUUGUUUAGAAGAACUUCUUGUUCUAUUAUCAUGUUUUAGUGAUCAUAAUUUAAAAUUCUCAUUCAUCUCAACUAUUUAUCUAUUCUUCUAAUCUGAAUCAAUUUGAAGUACGUACUUUGAAUAGAAUAAUAAUUUUCAAUUCAUGAUAUAUAUACUCAUUUUGAAGUAACUAUUGUAUUUAUCUAUAUAUUGUAUUGUUUUGUUGUAUUUGAAUAUUCUGUGAUAAUGCUAGCCUUUAAUUGAUUAUAGAUAUUAAAGAGAGUAUCACUUCAAUGAUAAUUCUAACA